AUGAAGCGAAGAAGAUUUACGCGAGGCAAAACACAAAACAAUUCCCUCACGCGCAACCAACCGUCGUUUUUAUUUGUUUCUGCUGAUUAGUAAUUUUUAAUUUCUGUGAAAGUAAUACGAUUGAUUGUCACAAAAAAGCGUUUGAAAUGUCUACCAAAAAACAUAGGACCACAAUGCCUCGGCGGACGGAAGAUUUUGAUUUUCCUGCUCCGCAAUCAUCGGUGAAAAAACCGCCCGCCCAACGGAUGAGUCGCAUCGCCCAACCCGUACGAAAAGCUUCGAAAUCCAAUCUUGGUUUAAAUGAAAAUCGUCGCUCUGCUUCCAAUGACCGUCUCAGUGCCCAUUCAACUGGCAUAGUUCAGCAAACUCCAGCAACUGCUAGAAAAAUGCGGAGCCACAGUGUGACUCCGGCAAGUCGAACACCCCUCAAAAGCAAUGAGAAUUUUCCAAUUCCGUCGACAGUCGAAAAGGACAAGCCCCCAUUGGAGAACCGAGAAUGGAUGAUGGCACAAUGUGAGAGAAUUUGUGACUAUCUGGAAACGAUACCCGAUCUACCCCAGGAAUUUGUGGAGCGACGAAAUUUGAGAACAAUGUCCACAAAACAGUUCCUGGUGAUUAUGAACCACCUGUUUCGGCAAAUCGGAGGCAGUCGAUACAAAUUGGGCACCAAUUUUAUCGACGACAUCAUGAAGACGAUGGCCGAGCUGGAGUAUCCGUAUACGGUUAACAAAUCGAUGCUGAAAACUCCGAACGUACCGCACUCGAUAAAUCACAUCAUCACAAUGAUCGGGUGGCUGGUCCAAUUGGCACCACCAGUCAGUCACGAGAUUUCACCCCUUAAACAUGACGUAGACCUGAUAGAAGAGUUCCCAAAUUGCGAAUUCCAGAAUUUUUUUCUUGAUAAGGCCCAAGAUGGCUUCAGCGUGUGGAAUUUACAGAAAAUGGACGAGUACGAAGCAGUCGUGGAAGCUCUCACUGAUAAACUGGUGGAAGCACGAACCAAUGGGUUGAACCAGCAUCAAGUUCAAGAACGGAUCAGUCAUCUCGAACAAGAAUUUCAGAGUUUGCGUAACAGCACUAUGCAGCAAUGCCGUGAGCAAAGUAUGGAUGCAUUUGUCGAGAACAUCCAGGACCAGCAACAACUGAAAAAGAAGCUUCAUGAGGAAGUUAAAGCUAUCCAAAAACAAGCUAACAAGAUUGAAGAGGAGUACUAUCUCAGGCAGGAAGAUUAUUACGCCAGAGAAAAGAAAAUAGAAGAAUUGAAGCAGCAAAUCGAAACCCAGCAGGUUGAUGCCUCUGAAAGAGACGAAAUCAUAAAUUCGAUAUCAGCAAAUAAGAAUCUGCUAAUAGCAAAAAGACUUGCAGUUAGUACAUUGGAACAAUCUUCGUAUGACCAACAAAUUGCUGUGUCUCGCCUUAUAAAACAAAAAUACAACGUAAUUUCCAAUCUCAAUACGAAUCUGCAUCGAAUGGCGAAUAACCUGAAGCCACUGAUAAGCUUCGAAGUUCCUAUGCUAGAUUUGAAAACCGAGAACUAUGCCACACUAUAUGAUGAUCUUCAAACUAUGAAAGUUCAGACCGAGCAAGUAUUAUCCAAACAGGCUGCAAUAUAUUCCCAGUUGACCGAACAGCAAUGUGCACUGGAGCAUCAGUUAUCCGAUUUGCAAAUGCGCAAUACCACCAUAGACCAGUCUCUCCAGGAAACUGUGUUUCGCUUCGAACAGCUUAAAAAGCAACGUGAAGAACUGAUCGGAGAAUUGAACGCUAUUUCCGCCGAAAACAAUCAGGCCAGUCAGCGGAAAGACGAUGAGCGGCUUCAAAAGUGUAGAGAAAUAGACCAGCUCCAGGAACAGUGUGAGCGGAAUAGAAAAGCGAUUGGGAUGUUGACGGUGGAGAAACAGAAACUGAUGGCACAAAAUUUGGAAGAGUGUCAUCAAAUUUUGAUGGAGAAGAAGCGAAUGCAGAAAGACGUAACCGAGAAGAUCGAAGCGAUGGAAGCCGUGAUUGUGGACAUUGAACGUGUGUUGGGUCCAUUAGGGUAAGUUCUGGAAGUAUACAAAAAAGUCAGAGCUGUGACGUUGCUUAAUAUAUACCACUUUUGUUUAAAUUAUUUUCCAUGUGACCAAUAAAUAACGUUAAAACAUA